AUGGAAAGGGAGGGAGAGAAAAGGGGGCGGAGUGAGCAGGUGUCGCGGGCCGAGAAAAAGGUGAGGAUUCAAAAAGUGCACACCGACAAGUCGGCGCCGGCGCAGGGCGAGAAGAGGGCUAAAACCCACGCGGGGUGUCAUGGCGAAGACAGGGCCCACCACGAGGAGGCGCGCAGGGAAAGAGCUAGAGUUGAGAAGAGAGUGAGGGGUGAGAAGGUGCAGGGCGAAAAGAGACGGAAAUUUGAGGAAAGGGCGCGGGGCGAGAGGACCCGCGGCGAGAAGGUGCAGGGCGAGGAGAGGGCCCCGGACGAAGAAAACCCUAGCCCAGAGGGGAGGGUCAGAGGCGAGAAGGGGCGGGGCGAGGGGAGGGUCCGAGGCGAGAGGGGGCGGGGAGAGGGGAGGGUCCGAGGCGAGAGGGGGCGGGGCGAGGAGACAACUCGGGGAGAAGAGAAUUGUCGCGGAGCCGAGAGGGCGAGAGCCGAGAAUGGACCGGGCGAGGAGAGAGCUGAAAUUGAGCAGAGGGGGCGGGGCGAGAAGGGACUAGGGGAGGAGCCCGCUCCAGAAGAGCAGGUGGCCAAAGGCGAAGGGAAGGCGCGCAACGAGGAACAGGGACGGGGUAAGGAGCGCAAGCAGAGCGUUGCAGCCACGUUCCGCCCUACCCCACGAUGUUCCCCGCGGUCCCUUCGGGACAGAGACCCCUAG